AACUCCAAGAACUGGUCCCCUCCUCUGUAGACUGAAAACCACAGUCAAAUGGCGUGUUCCAUUUCCCAUCUACCUCAACCUCCACCAUCGCCAUCAUCUCCACCACAACACCCACGCUCUUCGCUGCCCUAAAUCCCACAUCCAGAAAGAAAAAAAAAAAAAAAAAACCAGAAAAACCCUAAAAAUGAAGAUCUUUUUGGGCAUUGUCUCACUGGUGCUCUGCAACUCCCUCUUCUGCUACUCCAUUGAAGACGACCUCACUUGCCUUGAGGGGGUCAAGACCUCACUCACAGACCCACAAGGGAGGCUGAGCCAAUGGGACUUGGGCAACAGGUCGGUGGCCUCCAUCUGCAAGCUGGUCGGAGUGUCGUGCUGGAAUGAGAAGGAGAAUCGACUCAUCAGCCUCCAGCUUCCUUCAAUGGAGCUCGCCGGUGAGCUCCCUGAGUCUCUCAAGUUCUGCCAUAGCCUCCAGAGCCUUGAUCUCUCCGGUAACGCUCUCUCUGGUUCCAUCCCUCCCCAAAUCUGCAAUUGGCUCCCUUAUCUCGUAACCCUAGAUCUCUCCAACAACCACCUCUCCGGUUCCAUCCCUCCGGAGAUUGUCAACUGUAAGUUCCUCAACACUCUCAUUUUGAAUGAUAACCGUCUCUCCGGUUCUUUGCCCUAUGAGCUUGGCCGGCUCGAUAGGUUGAAGAGAAUCUCCGUCGCUAAUAAUGGUCUCUCUGGUACGAUACCUCCGGACUUGUCUAAAUUUGAGAAGGAUGACUUUGAUGGGAACAGUGGGCUGUGCGGGGAGCCUCUUGGGUCUAAAUGUGGUGGACUGAGCAGCAAAAGCCUCGGCAUUAUAAUCGCCGCUGGUGCAAUUGGUGCUGCUGGGUCUUUGAUCUUGGGUUUGGGGAUAUGGUGGUGGUUCUUUGUUAGGGCGAGUCAGAAAAAGCGAAGCUUUGAUGGUGGUGUUGGUGGUGAUAAGUAUGGGAGUGGUUGGGUUGGGUUGUUGAGGUCUCAUAAGGCUGUUCAGGUGUCUCUGUUUCAAAAACCCAUUGUGAAAGUCCGGUUGGCUGAUCUGUUGGCGGCCACCAACAGUUUUGAUCCCCAAAACAUUGUCAUUUCCACGAGAACUGGUGUUUCAUAUAAGGCUGUCUUGCCUGAUGGUUCGGCAAUGGCGAUUAAGCGGCUUAAUGCGUGUAAGCUUGGUGAGAAGCAACUUAGGUCGGAGAUGAAUAGGUUGGGGCAGCUUAGGCAUCCCAAUUUGGUGCCUUUGUUGGGGUUUUGUGUUGUGGAGGAAGAGAAGCUUUUGGUGUAUAAGCACAUGUACAAUGGCACAUUGCACUCUCAGUUGCACGGAAGUGGUAAUGUGAACAGCCAGUAUGGUUUUUUGGAUUGGCCAACACGCCUAAGGAUUGGUGUAGGUGCAGCCAGAGGACUUGCCUGGCUUCACCAUGCUUGUCAGCCGCCUUAUAUGCACCAGAACAUUAGCUCGAAUGUGAUUCUUCUUGACUAUGAUUUUGAAGCUCGUAUAACGGAUUUUGGGCUGGCGAGGCUGGUUGCUUCUCGUGAUUCCAAUGAUAGCUCGUUUGUCAAUGGGGAUUUGGGAGAGUUUGGUUAUGUGGCUCCUGAGUACUCGAGCACAAUGGUGGCAUCGUUGAAAGGGGAUGUGUAUGGGUUCGGGGUGGUUCUUCUGGAAUUGGUGACUGGACAGAAGCCUCUAGAAAUUGUUAAUGCAGUGGAAGGAUUCAAGGGGAAUUUGGUGGAUUGGGUGAAUCAUUUAUCAAACGCUGGUCGAAGCAUGGAUGCCAUAGACAAUAUCUUAGCAGGGAAAGGUCACGAUGAUGAAAUUUUGCAGUUCAUGAGGGUUGCUUGUACUUGUGUGGUUGCUAGGCCAAAGGACAGGCCUUCCAUGUAUCAGGUUUAUGAGUCAUUGAAGGUCUUUGCUGAGAAACAUGGUUUCUUCGAACAGUAUGAUGAAUUUCCAUUGGUCUUUGGCAAGCAGGUUCCUGAAUCUUGAUUUUAUACAAUAGUCAGGCAGGGAGAGUACUAAAAGUGCAAAAUACUGCAGCAUUUGGGCAUGCCUUCAUUGUAUUCAUAUGAGAGGCAUUUUCUGCAAUUGGGAUGGUUUCCGGUCGGUUGGGCAUGAUUUCCGUGUUCUAAUGCUCAUUUGUUGAAUCAUUGUGUAUUAUAAAGAAGCAUUAUAUGCAUUGUAACGUUUCUGUAAUCCAGAAAAUCUCUGUUUUCAGUUAUAAAAUUGCUCCCUCAUCUGUUCUAA